AUGAUAAGUACUAAUUCUAUAGGAUCUAUUUCUGAUUCCAAUGUAAUCUUAGAAACCAUUCUAAAGAAAUAUCCAAUAGAUGCAUUUUACUGAUUGAACCCUAAUACCUCAGAAAACACUUUUGUAUUUCGCUACCAGAUAUAUAGGGAUUUUAAAAUAUCCGAAAAGAAGGUGAAUUCUAAGGUGUUCUGACUGAUUCCACUUAAUGUUGAUGAUAUUGAAUACUCUUCAGGAUUUACUGAAGAUAUUCUCUUCAGCCGACCAUUCACUAAAUCCAAAGUUUCCACUACUCUCAACCUCAACUUCGCGCCCUUGCCCGCUAAAGUAUAUCCCCAGCUUCCCAGAUGUUUCCUUACUAAAAAUUGCAAAGGUGAUGAACUUCCAAAACCCUUGAGUAUUUCUUUGAUCUUGCCCGAUCCUCAUCGUUCCUCAAUCUCAGAUUUGCUUGCUCACAAGCGCCAAGAGACUUCUCUAAUAUACAUGUACUUGAAGUCUCAUGCAGCGAAACACCAAAAUCCAGAGUUCAAUCAAUACAUAUUGCGACCAGUAUAAAGCCAGGAAGAAGAAAUUAAGGAAGGCGAAGAAGCAGUUGGAGGAAGAAUUUGUGUAUUUAGAGAAGGAGUUUGUGCAUUUUUAUUAAAUAUUUUC